AUGGAUAGCCCCAAGAUCACUCCAGGGCCGCCACAAGACUCGACUACGGACGAUCGACCCUCUGCUCCUGCCGCCGGCAAGCGACCUCUGGGGAGCUCUACUCGCACAUCAGCUCACCCGGUUAAGCGGAUGAAGGUGAGCGUACCGGAUGUUCCGAUGGUGAAGGAAACGGUCCCCACGCGUUCUUGGAAAGCAGCGUCGUCAAUAGUUCCAGCAUUUUUCGACUUGAGCCUCAGUUCCGACAGCGAACCAAUACGGGCUGCUCUGGCUGGAUUUCAUUCUUCCCGUCGUCGGCGGCCAUGA